UGUCCCUUUAAGGGUUAACGUCGGCCUAGUGCGCAUUUUUUGGCAAUUUUAUUGCUCCAACACAUAGACACCCGCUAAUUGAACCGUCAACGAAACACAUUCAUACGCGCUACAAAUGACCUCGCGAUUAGACGCCGCGUAUACUCUGCUUCGCGCAAGAUAAACGCCGGUCCGAAUUCACGCAUACGCGAAACCAUGCGCAGGCACACGCAUACACCCGAUCUCGUGUGCAGAAGGCCGUUAUGAUUUUGUUACAUCGCGUCACAAACACUCACGCAUAUUGUUUGCGGUGCGGUCAGCUUUACGGCACGAUGGGACGGUCGCAUCUCAGUAUCUGUCCGUACGUUUGCCCGUUCGCGAUGCUAAAAUUAACAACCGUCAAUUCGCUGCGCUUCCGGCCUUUCGGUGGUGCGGUUCGGUGGCGUAGCGCUACAGCGCAACCAGCUGCUGACACGUCCGUCGAUCCGGAGUGGGAGAACGCGCUGCCGUUUGAAAAGAUUCCCGCACCGUCUUUAAUCGGAUUUCUGAAGGAAUUUGGACCUUUCGGUAAAUACAAGGAUGGUAAUCUGUACGAUAUCAACAAACGAUUGCGCGAGCUGUACGGUCCAAUCUUGCGGAUGAACGGUUCGUUUGGGAGGGAAGAUUUGGUGAUGACGUUCGUACCGGAAGACUUUGAGAAGGUACUGCGCUCGGAGGGUCCCUGGCCGAGGCGUACGGGGAUGGAUUCGUUCGUGUACUAUCGCAAACAGCAUCGUCCGGAGUACUUUAAGGGCUAUGGAGGGUUGCUGGCCGAACAAGGCGAAGACUGGCACAAGAUGCGAACGAUCGUCAAUCCGAUCAUGAUGCAGCCGAAGGUCAUCAGGCAGUACGUGGACAAGGUCGAUACAGUGGCCCGGGAGUUUAUGGCAAUUGUCCAUGGUCUGCGCGAUGAGAAGCAGGAGUUGCCGGCUGACUUUAACGAAUGGUUGAACCGUUGGGCGUUCGAAACCAUGGGUGUGCUGGUGCUGGACUCGCGGCUUGGUGUGCUGGACAAGGACCAAACGCCCGAAGUUACCCAUUUCAUCGAUCUAACAAAAGAGGCAGUCACCUUGUUCUAUCAGCUCGAUAUACUACCAUCGAUAUGGCGGAAGCUGAAAACACCUGCCUUUUACAGACUGAUGCGUGCAUUGGACGAGCUUUAUCAUUUAAUUGCUACCCGUAUCGAUGAAGCUGUAAUAAGGAUGGAAAAGAAUCCAAGCGCUGAUCAGGACACGUUGAGCAUUCUGGAGAAACUGUUGAAGGUGGAUCGUAAUGCGGCCUUCACCAUGUCGAUGGAUAGUUUGUUCGCUGGUGUUGAUACGACCUCCUCAGGAUCGACGGGAAUUCUGUACUGUCUGGCCAAGAACCCCGACAAGCAGGAGAAACUUCGUGCCGAGUUGCGGAAGAUUAUGCCCAACAAGGACAGUCCACUCACGCCGGAUAGUAUGAAGAAUAUGCCGUACCUUAGGGCUUGUAUCAAGGAGAGUCUGCGCAUGUAUCCACCGACCUCGGGCAAUGGUCGUUGUACCGGAAAAGACCUCGUUCUGCAAGGAUAUCGCGUUCCCAAAGGAAUUCUCGUAGGAAUGGGCCAGCUGGUACUGCAGCGAGAGGAAGGCUACUUUACCCGUCCGUCGGAGUUCAUGCCGGAACGUUGGCUUAGCGGGGAGGCUGCGGCCGGUUGUCCCAGUGCCAAGGAGGUUCAUCCGUUCGUCUACCUGCCGUUCGGGUUCGGGGCCCGUUCCUGCAUCGGCAAGCGGUUGGCAAUGAUGGAGAUGGAGAUACUGGUGUGUCGCAUGGUGCGCAAGUAUGAUAUUGGAUGGAAUUACGGCGAGCUGAAGUACAGAGCGACACUUGUCAACAUACCUGCGAACGAUCUAAAGUUCCAGCUGAAGGAAGUGAGAAAAAUGUUGAUGCGUCGUUGUUGGUUGAUGAAACCCAUCGGAUGUACCCGAUCUGGCCGGUGGCGUAAUGUUCAGGCGCAAGCGCAACGGAACACUGCAACUGCAGAGCAUGUGAUCGAUCCGGAAUGGGCCACAGCUAAACCGUACAAAUCCAUUCCCGGGCCAACGCUGUGGCAGCUGUUUCGUGGGUUUUCUAAGGGUGGCUGCUACGAUGGACUUAAUCUCAUCGAGCUGCAUAUUCGUUUGAGGCAAGAGUACGGAGAUAUUUACCGCAUACCAGCGGCCAUGGGCCGUGCCGAUGUUGUGAUGAGCUUUGCGCCGGAAGACUUCGAAAAAGUGUUCCGUACGGAAGGUCAGUAUCCGGUGCGGCGCAGCUUCGAUACGAUGACGUACUAUCGGCAGCAGGUUCGGCCAGAUAUUUUCGGUGAACUGGGUGGGCUGGUUACUUCCCAGGGAGAAUCGUGGCAAAAGAUGAGAAGGAUUUGCAACCCGGUACUGCUGAACCCGAAGACGGUGAAGGUGUACGUCGAGCAGAUGGAUGCUGUGAGUCUUGAGUUCAUGGAGAUUAUGGCCAAUCUCCGCGACGAAAAGAAUGAACUGCCGGCCGAUUUUAACGAAUGGUUAAGUCGAUGGGCCCUCGAGACGACUGGUGUGUUGGCGCUGGACACUAGACUGGGUGUGCUGCAUUCCACGGACUCCGGAGAAGGACAGAGGCUGGUAGAUGUUGUGAAUGAAAUCUUCUGUUUAACGUAUCAACUGGAUGUGCUACCAUCGGUUUGGAAGUACAUCAGUACUCCAAAAUUUAACAGACUUAUGAAACUGUUUGAUAAGCUUACUAAUUUAAUAUUGGAUCAAAUCGAGCGAGCGAUAGUAAGCUUUGAAAAGAACCCAACAACUGACAGCAAUCACAGCGCCCUGAAGAAGCUGUUGAGCAUUAACAAGCAUGUAGCGGUGAUCAUGGCGUUAGAUAUGAUAUUUGCCGGCAUUGAUACGACGUCAGCGGGGUCCGUUGCCAUACUGUACUGCUUGGCCAAGAAUCCCGAAAAACAGGCAAAACUACGCGCCGAACUCCGCACGAUAAUGCCAACGAAAGAUACCAGGCUAACGGCAAGCAUGAUGAGCAAUUUGCCAUAUCUUAGGGCCUGCAUCAAGGAGGGUAUGAGAAUGUUUCCCCCUGCGGCUGGGAAUUUUCGUGCCACCGGACGUGAUAUUGUGCUGCAGGGAUACCGUGUACCGAGCGAUACGGACAUUGCGAUGGGUGCACAGGUGUUGUUGAGGGAUGAAAAAUACUUUCACCGUCCGACCGAGUUUAUUCCCGAACGGUGGCUGAACGAUCGUGACGCGUCCAUCCCGAGCGCGAAGGAGGUGAACCCGUUCAUUUUCCUUCCGUUUGGGUUUGGUUCGCGCAGCUGCAUUGGCAAGCGGUUGGCAAUGAUGGAGAUGGAGGUGAUACUGGCCCGGUGGAUUAGACAGUUUGAGUUCCGGUGGAACUACGAGGACUAUAAGUUUCGCACGACCGUUAUCAACAUGCCGGGGUGUCCGCUAAAGUUUGAGAUCAGGGAUUUAGACGACUAAUGUGGUGGUUAUUAUGCAAGGUCAAUUCAAUUGUUAAAAGGUCUUAUAAAUUUAAUAAAAAAUGCCUAUUUAUACGAUCGUAUUGACAACACA